UUGACUUUGUUACAUAAACACGAAAUUUUGGGAUCUUUUUCGGUAAAAUUUAAUUAAAAUCCCGCAUAAAUGGCAUCUUUGCUCCGAAGCAUCUCUCUUGGCUUGAGAACAGGUGCCAACAAGGGUUGUGUUGUUCGUGCAAAUCCACAAUUCUUGGCCAGAUACCUUGCAAGCGAUAGUGCUCCAGCGAAAAAGGAGGAAACGAAACCAACAAUUCGCAAGGCAAACCCCGUAGAAAAGGCCCAAUUGACAGAUUUUGGCAAAUACGUCGCCGACUGCCUCCCGAAAUUCGUGCAAAAAGUCCAAUUAACUGCCGGCAAUGAAUUGGAAAUUCUCGUCGCGCCCGAAGGCGUCGUUCCCGUCAUGCAAUUCCUGAAGGAUCACCACAACGCGCAAUUCAGCAAUCUCACGGACAUUGCUGGCAUGGAUGUUCCCUGUCGUCCCUACCGUUUCGAGAUCAUUUACAACAUCCUGUCGUUGCGUUACAACUCGCGCAUUCGUGUCAAGACCUACACCGACGAAUUGACGCCCGUUGAUUCCGUAAACGAGGUUUACAAAGCUGCCAACUGGUAUGAACGUGAAAUUUGGGACAUGUAUGGCGUUUUCUUUGCCAAUCAUCCGGAUUUGCGACGCAUCUUGACGGAUUACGGUUUCGAGGGGCAUCCACAACGUCGGGACUUUCCGUUGUCGGGUUAUGUUGAGUUGCGAUAUGACGACGAGAAGAAACGUGUGGUCGUUGAACCACUGGAAUUAGCGCAGGAAUUCCGUAAAUUUGACUUGUCGGCACCGUGGGAGCAAUUCCCGCAAUUUAGAAAUGCGAAUCCCGCAGUGGAGGCGAUCGAGACGAAGAAUGAUGAUGGAAAGAAGUAAAAAUUUUGUCUCUGUGCUUAGGAAUCUAUGAAGAUUUGUUGUAUAAAAAACCCAUUAAUCGAUAAUUGAAUCAAAUGGUUUUUCAUUUUUUGACCUUUGCGAACGGCU